AAUUAAAAUGCUAUAGAGGUAGUAUAAAACUAUAAGUAGGCAAAUGAGCAAAUGUAUAGAAACAAGUCAAAAUUGUGAGAGAAAUUCAAAACCGGUCAUUAGACUCGAAUGGCUACCUGUGUCAAUUAAGGUCGCGUUUGGAUGAUAUGUUUUCAUCUCUUAAAAUUGGAAGCAAUGUUUCACUGCGGUGUCGAUGGUGCGAAUUAGGAGCUGUUUGGUUUUGGAGACGUCGGAUCCCUCCAUUAAACGAUCUGUGAGUUGACACUUUCCCACCAUUGAGCUCUAUCUUCUCUUUGCUUUAAUGAUUUUGUUUCCAUAAUUAUCUUCUUUGAUUUACCCAACCUUUCUUUCUAUCCGUUUUUGAAUUUUCCUACUCUUUCAAGUUGUUGGUAUUGGUUUUCUAGGGUUCGAAACAAUGUGGAGAUCUAGGACUAUGCAUAUUGAUUGCUUGGAUUUCUCGUGGGCUAAUUUCAAUGAGCGAAGUUUAGCAAAAUACUGAUUGUAGUACAGUUCUGUAGCAAUCUAAGCCCUUUUUGCAUAAAUGGCAGACCCGAGCUCAGUAGAUGUGAUACUGGAUUUUUUAAGAAGGAACAAGUUUACUAGGGCCGAAGCUGCAUUGCAAAGUGAGCUGAGUAGUCGUCCAGACCUGAUUGGAGUUCUACAGAAGCUUGCACUUGAGGAUACUAAUGGGUUCAACCCACCUUUGGAAGAGGCCAAUGGGAAUUGUAGGAGUACUGGUUCAAUUGAUAAGGAUAUAAGUUCAAGGAGCAGUAGAGAUAACUUGAAGGAGCUUGAUAAGGAUAUAAGUUCAAGGAGCAGUAGAGAUAACUUGAAGGAGCUUAUUGUCAACGGGCCAGACUACAAGCUGAAGAAUGUCGUUUGUGCAGAGGAGCAAAGAAACGCUAAUGAAUCUAUCUUGCAAAGUUCAAUGGACGCUGCGAAUGAAUUGAACUUGAAAAAAUACAAUCCUACUAAUAGUCCUUUCAUUUUUCACCAGAGUGAUGGGGAAUGUAUUGGGAACACAUUUUCUGGGUUUCCAGUUUCUGGAAAGACAAUGCCAAAUCCAAGUGAUGGGCAUGAAAAUAGUGGCAAGGCUGCUGAAAAGUCUGGGGGAGAUGGGUACAGUUUCUCUAAUGAGAUCAGAACAUGGCCCGGAAGUUCUAGUAAAUCCACUCUGGAAACAAAACAGGAGAAAAGUCAUUACAGUGAACUCAAGGAGGUUGAUCAGUCACAUAAGAAAGCCCGAUCCAAAGAUGCUUUUGGUGAUAAACCUUGGAAUGACUGCAUGGUCAAAACCGUUUUCCCUUUCUUAAAGGAAGAUGUAUCGAAUUAUUGUGAUCGUAGUACUGUGAUGGGUGACAAGAAAGAAGGAAAAAGACAACCAUGCAUUAGUGAUAUCAAAACAGCUAACAGAGAACAAUGUGAUGAUAAUGAAAGAACUUCAUACUUUGGGAGGUCACUGGGAAGUGAACCAAAGGAUCUCACUUGUUUUGACUUUCCCCUUGCAUCUGGGAAUCAAAAGGAAGAGCUACCUAGGUUACCACCUGUUAGGCUCAAAUCUGAAGAAAAGUCAUUUAAUAUCCAUUGGGAGGAAAAGUUUGAACGAGAUGGAGUUGAUUCAAGAAUUGCAAAUUCAGACAAGUCCUAUCAUAUCGGGUCAUUUCUGGAUGUUCCUGUCGGACAAGAGACUAAUCAGUCAGGAAAACGACCACCGGGUUUUAGUUGGCUCUCUGUGAGUCAGGGUAUUGCUGAGGACACUUCUGAUCUUGUUUCUGGUUUUGCAACCAUAGGUGAUGGAAUUAAUGAUGCAGUUGACUAUCCUAACGAAUAUUGGGACUCUGAUGAGUAUGACGAUGAGGAUGAUGUGGGCUACACUAGACAACCUAUUGAAGAUGAGACAUGGUUUUUGGCUCAUGAAAUUGAUUACCCAAGUGAUAAUGAGAAGGGAACGGGGCAUGGGAGUGCUCCAGAUCCUCAAAGAAAUAAAAACAGAGAAGAUGAUGAACAAUCUUUUGUUGAGGAAGAUUCCUACUUUUCAGGAGAGCGGUAUAUCCCAUCAGAAAAUGUUGAUCGCGUUAGACCAUCAGAUGAUCCAAGAGAUCUGGCAGUUAAUGAAAUGUACAAAAGACCGAAUGACUUUAUUUCUCAAUAUGAUGGACACUUGAUGGAUGAUGAUGAAUUGAAUUUUAUCCGCUCAGAGCCUGUCUGGCAAGGGUUUGUCUCAAAGACAAACGACCUUGUCAUGUUAGGGGAUGGAAAAGUCCUUAAUGAGCGUCGAAGGACUUAUUUAGAUGAACUGUGCAUAGAUGAUGAUCAACACGGGUCGGUUAGAUCCAUUGGUGUGGGAAUAAGCAGUGAUGUUGCUGAUAUUGGCAGUGAAGUGCGUGGAAGUUUGGUUGGAGGGAGUAUGGAUGGGGACAUGGAGUAUUUCCAAGAUAAUGAUGUUGGUGGUAUUGGUGGGUUAACCCGGCUUAUACUUCAUGACUCAGAUAAGGUUUUCUGUAAAAAAAUUGCUAAUCACAGUUCUGACAAGUUUAUAACAGGCGUAGACAGAAGAAAGAGUCACCCAGAUGGUGGAUUCUCAUUCCCCCCUCCUAGAAAUGGACAGUCUGUUCAGACCAUCUCCAAUAAAUAUUUGUUGUCAAAGGAAGGGAGCUCAUUUAUUGCUCCUGAUGAUAUCAACGAUUGUUUAGAAGAAAACGAUCAUAUGCUUGUUCCAUGGAGGCGCAAAAGUACUGAUUCGUCGCCUGACGAGAGCUCAAAAUGUGAAAAUAAUGUUGUUGGAUCUGCAAAUUCUAGCCCAUCUUCUCUUUCAAAUUAUGGGUACGCUGAACGAGAAUGUAGGAAGAAAGAACAUGAUACACAAAUAAUUGCAAGAGAAGAGGAUCUGGGGAUAUCAUUGGAGGAUGAAGAAGCAGCUGCAGUGCAGGAGCAAGUGAGGCAGAUAAAGGCACAAGAGGAAGAGUUUGAAACCUUUGAUCUAAAAAUUGUGCACAGGAAAAACAGAACUGGGUUUGAGGAGGACAAAAAUUUUCAUGUUGUUCUAAACUCAGUGAUAGCUGGGCGCUAUCAUGUAACAGAGUACCUGGGAUCUGCUGCUUUCAGUAAAGCCAUUCAAGCUCAUGACCUUCAUACUGGCAUGGAUGUUUGCGUGAAGAUUAUAAAGAACAACAAAGAUUUCUUCGAUCAGAGCCUUGACGAGAUAAAGCUUCUCAAGUUUGUCAACAAGCAUGACCCAGCUGAUAAAUACCAUAUUCUUCGGCUGUAUGAUUACUUCUAUUAUAGAGAACAUCUACUGAUUGUAUGUGAGCUACUGAAGGCAAAUUUGUAUGAAUUUCAUAAAUUUAAUAGAGAAUCUGGAGGGGAAGUAUACUUUACGAUGCCGAGACUGCAGUCAAUCACGAUUCAGUGUUUGGAGGCACUUCAAUACUUGCAUCGCCUGGGGCUUAUACACUGUGAUUUGAAACCUGAGAAUAUUUUGGUGAAAAGCUACAGUAGAUGUGAAGUGAAAGUCAUUGACCUUGGAAGCAGUUGCUUUGAAACAGAUCAUCUCUGUUCAUAUGUUCAAUCUAGAUCAUACCGUGCACCUGAAGUAAUUUUAGGACUUCCAUAUGACAAAAAGAUUGAUAUCUGGUCCCUUGGCUGCAUAUUGGCAGAACUUUGUACUGGCAAUGUCCUUUUCCAGAACGAAUCUCCUGCCACAUUACUUGCUCGAGUUAUUGGUAUUAUAGCUCCAAUUGACCAAGAGAUGCUUGCUAAAGGAAAAGAUGCAUUCAAAUAUUUUACCAAAAAUCACAUGCUUUAUGAAAAAAAUCAGGAAACCGAUCGACUUGAAUACCUAAUCCCCAAAAAGUCAUCCUUAAGGCACCGGUUACCAAUGGGGGAUCAAGGGUUCAUUGACUUUUUGACUCAUCUACUAGAGAUUAACCCGAAGAAGCGCCCCUCUGCCUCAGAGGCCCUAAAACAUCCUUGGCUCUCCUAUCCAUAUGAGCCGAUAUCAUCUUAAGAAAUGAGAAAGAGAACGUGCUUCUGUGGUGACUACAGAGGAAGGGAUGCCCUCCAAAUGUGUGUAUAAUAUACCUUCCACAUCACAGAGUAUUGUAAUGAUGCAUCCAUUUGUAAACCUAGGUUUUCUUUUUUGUCCUUUUUCACUUUUGUGCUUGUACAUGUGUGUUUUCAAUUAGUCCUAGAUGGGAGGAGGGAGUUGUUCAUUAUUUUUAGGUAGUGUUAGUGUAUCCAAUUUUUGUUGGCCUGACAACUAAUCUGCUGAACUGUAUCAUUGUGAUAUGUAUUAAUCUCACUUUAAAAUUCAUCUCAAAAUUGGUAACUAAGCAGAAUUUCUUGCUGAAGCUGUUUUCUGUAAUCUCAUGCCAAGGGAAAAAAGCACUCCGUAUAUUUUGGAUCUAUAUGGAACAGAUACAUCAUUCAUUCAUUCGGCC